CACCAUGGCGGCAGGUGUAGCAGCGUGGCUGCCCUUUGCAAGGGCAGCGGCCAUCGGGUGGAUGCCUGUGGCUUCGGCGCCUAUGCCGGCUCCCCCAAGGCAGGAGAGAAAAAGGACUCAAGAUGCUCUAAUUGUGCUGAAUGUGAGUGGUACCCGUUUCCAAACAUGGCAGGACACCCUGGAACGCUAUCCAGACACUCUGCUGGGCAGUUCAGAGAGGGACUUUUUCUACCAUCCAGAGACUCAGCAGUAUUUUUUUGACCGUGACCCAGACAUCUUCCGUCAUAUCCUGAAUUUCUACCGCACUGGGAAGCUCCACUAUCCUCGCCAUGAGUGCAUCUCUGCUUAUGAUGAAGAAUUGGCCUUCUUUGGCCUCAUCCCAGAAAUUAUUGGCGACUGCUGUUAUGAGGAGUACAAGGAUCGAAGGCGAGAGAACGCAGAGCGCCUCCAGGACGACGCCGACACUGACAACACAGGAGAGAACGCGCUGCCCACGAUGACUGCUCGGCAGAGGGUCUGGCGGGCCUUUGAGAACCCCCACACCAGCACGAUGGCCCUGGUGUUCUACUACGUUACAGGGUUCUUCAUUGCCGUCUCAGUCAUCGCUAAUGUGGUUGAAACAGUGCCCUGUGGGUCUAGCCCAGGUCACAUUAAAGAACUGCCAUGUGGGGAGCGCUAUGCAGUGGCCUUCUUUUGCUUGGAUACUGCCUGCGUCAUGAUCUUCACUGUUGAGUACUUGCUUCGCCUAGCUGCAGCGCCCAGUCGUUACCGUUUUGUGCGUAGCGUCAUGAGUAUCAUAGACGUGGUGGCCAUUCUGCCUUAUUACAUUGGGCUAGUGAUGACAGACAAUGAGGAUGUUAGCGGGGCCUUUGUCACACUCCGAGUCUUCCGUGUCUUCCGGAUCUUUAAAUUUUCUCGCCACUCUCAAGGCCUGCGCAUCCUGGGGUACACACUGAAGAGUUGUGCAUCCGAAUUGGGCUUCUUGCUCUUCUCUCUCACCAUGGCUAUCAUCAUUUUCGCUACAGUUAUGUUCUACGCAGAGAAGGGGUCUUCCGCCAGCAAGUUCACCAGCAUCCCUGCCGCCUUCUGGUAUACCAUCGUCACCAUGACAACACUAGGGUAUGGUGACAUGGUACCAAAAACCAUAGCAGGAAAGAUUUUUGGAUCCAUCUGCUCACUGAGUGGGGUCUUGGUCAUUGCUCUGCCUGUUCCAGUGAUUGUGUCCAACUUCAGCCGGAUCUACCACCAGAAUCAACGAGCAGACAAACGGAGAGCACAAAAGAAAGCCAGACUCGCCAGGAUCCGGGCAGCAAAGAGCGGAAGUGCAAACGCUUACAUGCAAAGCAAACGGAAUGGCUUACUCAGUAAUCAACUGCAGUCCUCUGAGGAUGACCAGGCCUUUGUGAGCAAAUCUAGCUCCAGCUUUGAAACCCAGCACCACCACCUGCUUCACUGCCUGGAAAAAACCACGAAUCACGAGUUUGUGGAUGAACAAGUCUUUGAAGAAAGUUGCAUGGAGGUUUCGACUGUCAACCGUCCUUCAAGUCACAGCCCCUCUCUCUCUUCACAACAAGGAGUCACCAGCACUUGCUGUUCACGACGACACAAAAAAACUUUCCGCAUCCCCAAUGCCAAUGUAUCAGGAAGCCAUCGAGGCAGUGUGCAAGAACUCAGUACGAUUCAGAUCAGAUGUGUGGAGAGAAACCCGCUAUCUAACAGCCGAUCCAGUUUAAAUGCCAAAAUGGAAGAGUGUGUUAAACUAAACUGUGAACAACCUUAUGUGACUACAGCAAUAAUAAGCAUCCCAACACCUCCAGUAACCACUCCUGAAGGAGAUGACAGGCCAGAAUCUCCUGAGUACUCAGGGGGAAACAUUGUCAGAGUGUCUGCUUUGUAAGACAAUUGGAAUCAGGUCUAGGAGAAUUUGAGCCCUGGCUGUGGAAAGAAUACCAAUGUGGAAGAAAGAAGAAAAAAAUAAACCAUGUGCAGAUGAAAACAGCAAAGCAAGAAGGUUGGUAGUGAAAUAAAAACAAAGCUUCCAAACUAGAGGAUGGAAAUAAAACCACCAAAUGGCAUUUCUUUAGCGUUUGACCUGUUGUCCAGAGGAAUGGUCUGUGGCCCUUUGGCUUUGUGAAUGAGCACAAUGAAAUGCCACCUACUGAUGCUUCUUAUGACCAGAACUCUUUUUUAAUAAAAUAAAUCUUUGAACCUAAUGUUCCAGUUGAAUGCAAAACAAAAAAAAAUGCGAAAAACAUUUUGAUAAAAAUUUUUCCUGUUAAAACCAUGAGCAUUGGCUAUGAUGAAGAUUAUUGCAUAUUAAAAAAAAACUCAUGCAACACAUUUGUAUUAACUGAAGGAAACCAUCAUAAUGCAUGCUAGAAUUCUUUGGAGCAGUGAUCUCAGUUUCCUUAUGUUGUCUUCAGAAUAGGCAUGAUAAACUAUAAUUGUAGAAAGGGGAAUUUCUGUUCACCUACAACAAGCUGAUUAUUCAUGUUCCAUGGUGGGCUGUACAAAUAAACUCCUUUUAGAACUGCAGCAUUUCUCGUGGGGAUGCUCAAUAAUAAAUCAAAAGUGUUCAGAUAGUUCAGUAUUAAUUAUCAUUUCACUUUGCACCUAGAUACUGUUACAACUGCAAUAAGUCAUUGUACACCUGUUGUAUCAGGAAUCAGGAUUUUUGUUGUUAUACUUUCCAGAUCUUCAUAAAUACAGUAAGAGCCACUUUCAUAGAAAAAUUUCUAGUGUGGCCAGGUUUUAGAUAAGGUUUUAAUGGAAAACUCUUGUGUCGUAAAUGUUCUUCAGUAAUAUUCUUUGGUCCACUGUGUUCCCGUGACCGUGCAUUUCUUGUUCCUGUGUCUCUCCAGCACCUUCCUAAUGGGUUUAUCAUCAUCAACUGGACUAAUGUUUUAUAGUUCAAAUGACUUUCCUACUUUUGUAUUCCCUAACAGAUCAUCCUGUAAGUAGAUUGUCAUCAUCAAUCCUCUUGUGAAAAAUUAGAAAAAAAGGAGCUGACUCUAAUGAAUUAUCUCUAACUUCUUUGCUGUCACAGGAAAGCGCAAAUAAUGGACAUACCACUGUAUGUUUCACUAGAAGAGUGUGCUGGGACUAUCAUCACAGGAUCAGUGUUCCCAGAAUCUCACUUGGUGUAUUAUUUAUUUUGCUUUAGAACUCAAAUAAGUUUUGAGAAUAAUUAAUGUGAAUCUAAGUGCAGAGAUAAACUGAAGUGCUUUACGUAACAAUAUUUGACAAAAGCAUGCCUUCUACACCACUGGAGAAGGCAGCACAAAUUUAUCUCAGAAAAGUUCCCGUAUACUGCAAGGAGCUAUUUUCUCCAUUUAAUCAGGAGGACAGCAGUUUGAUGAUGCAAAGUUGAUCUCUAUGUACACUUAAGUGAAAAGUCUCUAUGCUUUUUCACCUUUAAAAUAUAUCAGCAGACAGGUCUGCACAUGACUGUGUAAAAAAGUUUUAUGUCAAAUGAAAAGUUUUGUUCAUUCCAAACCACCAGUGUAAGGAAUCAAGUUUGGCUUCCAUACAUGGGAAGAGUUAAUAAUUAUCCCUCUACUGUAAAGAUUUUUAAAUGCCUAUCCUAAUUUAUCAUAAAAAGGAAUUAAUCCACCUAUUUUCAAAUAAAGCCAGAUAUUCGUGCUUCCCAUUUCUAGAAUAGCUUCUAGAACAAUACCAUGCACACAGUAGAUUUUAAUAAACAUUUGAUGAGUGAAAAUAAGAUAAACUCUCUCUCUUGGGAAGAACUGGCUUUAUUUCUAGUAUGUCUUUUAAAAAGUUACUAACCUUCCUGGAGUGUGAAUAUUAACAAUUAUAUUAACACCUGCCUCAUGUCACUUUGUGCUUCUAGAGCAAAUAUAUAGUGAAACUUCUUUGAUGGCAUUUGUUGAAGAACUUUUUUAAAAGUAGACUGAAGGAACCACAAUCAGGAAUACUUAGGUCUUCUGAUUCCCAAUGAGAACUUCUAUUUUCAUGUUCUGAGUAUUACAUUUAAAAAAUGCAGUUCAGUUAGGUUAUUUCAGUUGACAAUUCUGCCUCCUUUUCAACUUAUCAUUUAUCCCAAACUAUUACUUUGUUUAGACUUUUGGAAAAGAAAAAAACUUUUUGGUGUUUUAGGUGAUUUAAAAAUAUACUGUGUUGGUGGUGAAUGACUAUUGAUGACUGUGUUAAGUGCAUCUGUAUUGUAAGUGAAAUGUAAUUAUUUCUGUGUACCAUAUGGAGUAACCAAGGUCAUUGUUUUUGACAAUUUUGUUUGAAAUUCAUAUAUCUUAUUUUAAAGGAUAGCAUAAUACCUGCAUUAUGCUGGAAAAAAAUAGACCUUUGGAGAAUACUUAAAUAAAACAUGUGCAUGCUUGA